CGGGCGGAGAGGCGGCGGGCGAGGGGGCGGCAGCAGCGGCAGCAGCAGCAGAUUUCCCCGUUUCGUCUCGGGAGGAAGAAGAAGAAGAGGAAGAGAAGACCCCCACGCGUGCCUCCCUCCCUCCCUCCUUCCAAGGUGGGCUCCGCGGCGCCCCUUCCACGCCAGGGAACCCCUUCCCGAAAUCCCUCGCCUCUCUGCCGCCAAGAAGGACACCCUCCACCCAGUCCUCCCUCCCUCCCUCCCUCCCUCCCUCUCUCUUCUCAAAGUCCUUCUGGAGUGGGAGGGGGAACCCCGCCCCCGUGCCCCCUCCUCCCUCCCUCCCUCCCUCCCUCCCUCCCUUGCCUCCCACCCCACGCGGGUCCGGAGGGGCAGCGCCUUCCAUUGCAAAGCCCAUUGGAAGUUCCACAGGGUUCUGGAAGAAGGCUUUCAAGGAGAAGAGGAACCAUCCUUGGCCCCACUUGGGUCUUGACUGGAGGCCCACCACAGCAUCCCUCUCCCAAGCAGCCCAUUGGAAGUUCCAUAGGGUUCUGGAAGAAGGCUUUCAAGGAGAAGAGGAACCAUCCUUGGCCCCACUUGGGUCUUGACUGGAGGCCCACCACAGCAUCCCUCUCCCAAGCAGCCCAUUGGAAGUUCCAUAGGGUUCUGGAAGAAGGCUUUUGAGGAGAAGAGGAACCAUCCUUGGCCCCACUUGGGUCUUGACUGGAGGCCCACCACAGCAUCCCUCUCCCAAGCAGCCCAUUGGAAGUUCCAUAGGGUUCUGGAAGAAGGCUUUCAAGGAGAAGAGGAACCAUCCUUGGCCCCACUUGGGUCUUGACUGGAGGCCCACCACAGCAUCCCUCUCCCAAGCAGCCCAUUGGAAGUUCCAUAGGGUUCUGGAAGAAGGCUUUCAAGGAGAAGAGGAACCAUCCUUGGCCCCACUUGGGUCUUGACUGGAGGCCCACCACAGCAUCCCUCUCCCAAGCAGCCCAUUGGAAGUUCCAUAGGGUUCUGGAAGAAGGCUUUUGAGGAGAAGCGGUCAUUCUCUGCCCCAUUUGAGUCUUGACCGGAGGCCCACCACAGCAUCCCUCUCCCAAGCAGCCCAUUGGAAGUUCCAUAGGAUUCUGGAAGAAGGCUUUCAAGGAGAAGAGGAACCAUCCUUCGCCCCACUUGGGUCUUGACUGGAGGCCCACCACAGCAUCCCUCUCCCAAGCAGCCCAUUGGAAGUUCCAUAGGAUUCUGGAAGAAGGCUUUUGAGGAGAAGCGGUCAUUCUCUGCCCCAUUUGAGUCUUGACCGGAGGCCCACCACAGCAUCCCUCUCCCAAGCAGCCCAUUGGAAGUUCCAUAGGAUUCUGGAAGAAGGCUUUCAAGGAGAAGAGGAACCAUCCUUCGCCCCACUUGGGUCUUGACUGGAGGCCCACCACAGCAUCCCUCUCCCAAGCAGCCCAUUGGAAGUUCCAUAGGAUUCUGGAAGAAGGCUUUUGAGGAGAAGCGGUCAUUCUCUGCCCCAUUUGAGUCUUGACCGGAGGCCCACCACAGCAUCGCUCUCCCAAGCCCAUUGCCAGCCCAUACUCUUUUGGAAGAAGGCUUUUGAGGAGAAGAGGCACCAUCCUUGGCCCCACUUGGAUCUUGACCAGAGACCCACCACAGCAUCUCUCUCCCAAGCAGCCCCUUGUAAGUUCCAUACGAUUCUGGAAGACAGCUUUCAAGGAGAAGAGGAACCAUCCUCUUCUUGUUUUGGAAACCAUCAGAGGAGAAGAGGAGCCAUUCUUUGCCCCACUUGCAUCUCACCUGGAAGCCCUAGAAGCCAUCUCUCUCCAAAGCCAGACUCAUAUUAUUUUGGAAGAAGGCUUUCAAGGAGAAGUGGAACAAGACUUAGAGAAGAGUCGCCAUCCUUGGCUUCACUUGGGUCUUGACCGGAGGCCCACCACAGCAUCUCUUUCCAAAACUCAUUGCAAGUCCCUAUUAUAUUGGAAGAAGGAAUUGGAGGAGAAGAGGAGCCAUUCUCUCUUUGUUUUGGAAGGACUUUGGUGAGAAGAGAAGCCUAAAGGUGCCUCACCUGGAAGUUCUUGAGGACCUCUCCCUCCAACGCCCCUUGCAAGCCCAUCCUGCUUUGGAAGAAGGAAUUAGAGGAGAAGAGGUGCCCUCCUCUGCCUACUUGUGCCUGGAGGCCCACCACAGCAUGUCUCUCCCAAGCCCAUUGUAAGUUCCAUACAAUUCUGGAAGAAGGCUUUCAAGAAGAAGAGGAACCAGGUGUCAUUCUAUUCUCCAGGAGAAGAGGAACCAUCCUUUCCUUGUUUUGGACAGACUUCGAGGCGAAGAGGGGUCAGCAUCUGCCCCACUUGGGUCUCCAGUGGAGGCAUCUCUCUUCAGAGCCUAGUGUAAGUUCCAUAUUGUAUUGGAAGAAGGACUUUGGUGAGAAGAGGAGCCGCCCUUGACCCCAAAGGGGUCUCACCUGGAAGCCCUUGAAGCAUCUCUCUCCAACGUCUGUUGCAAGUCCAUAUUAUAUUGGAAGAAGGAAUUAGAGGAGAAGAGGAACCAGCCUCCCCUUGUUUUGGAAGGACUUGGAGGAGAAGAAGAACCAUUCUUUGCCCGUUUGUGUCUCACCUGGAAGCCCUUGAAGACACCUCCCUCCUCCAAAGCGCAUUGCAAGUUCCAUAUUAUAUUGGAAGAAGGCUUUAGAGGAGAGGAACCAGCCUCCCCUUGUUUUGGAAGGACUUGGAGGAGAAGAAGAACCAUUCUUUGCCCGUUUGUGUCUCACCUGGAAGCCCUUGAAGACACCUCUCUCCUCCAAAGCGCAUUGCAAGUUCCAUAUUAUAUUGGAAGAAGGCUUUAGAGGAGAGGAACCAGCCUCCCCUUGUUUUGGAAGGACUUGGAGGAGAAGAAGAACCAUUCUUUGCCCGUUUGUGUCUCACCUGGAAGCCCUUGAAGACACCUCUCUCCUCCAAAGCGCAUUGCAAGUUCCAUAUUAUAUUGGAAGAAGGCUUUAGAGGAGAGGAACCAGCCUCCCCUUGUUUUGGAAGGACUUGGAGGAGGAGAAGAACCAUUCUUUGCCCUGCUUGUGUCUCACCUGGAAGCCCUUGAAGACACCCUUCUCCUCCAAAGCGCAUUGCAAGUUCCGUAUUAUAUUGGAAGAAGGAAUGAAAGGAGCCGAGGAGCCGUUCUCUCCUUGUUUUGGAAGGAACUAGAGGAGAAGAGGAACCAGACUUGGAGGAGACAACGUGUGUCUCACCUGGAAGCCCCUGAAGCCACCUCUUUCCAAGGCCCGUAUCAUAUUGGCUGGAGAGGAUGGAGAUGUGGCCAGUGGCGACCCCCUCGUCGUGGCCCAAUGCCUCCUGGCGUGGCAACGGCUCUUCUUCCUCCGGAGAGGAGUGGGCCGGCGGCAACCCCUUUGUGCAGCCGGGCUGGCAGGUGGCCCUGUGGGCUUUGGCGUACGGGGUGGUGGUGCUGGUGGCGGUGGUGGGCAACGGGCUGGUGAUAUGGGUGGUGCUGGCCCACCGGCGCAUGCGCACCGUCACCAACUACCUGCUGGUCAACCUGGCCGCCUCGGAGGCUGCCAUGGCUGCCCUCAACACCCUGGUCAACUUCACCUACGCCGUCCACAACGACUGGUACUACGGACGCUUCUACUGCCACUUCCAGAACUUCUUCCCCGUGGCCUCCGUCUUCUCCAGCAUCUACUCCAUGACUGCCAUAGCCGUCGACAGGUACAUGGCCAUCAUCCACCCGCUGAAGCCCCGCCUCUCGGCCGCGGCCACCAAGGUGCUCAUCUGCGUGAUCUGGGCCCUGGCGCUGCUGCUGUCCUUCCCGCAGGGCUACUACGCCACCACUGAACAGCUGCCCGGCCGCGUGGUCUGCCUGGUGGACUGGCCCGAAAACACCACCCGGACCUACGAGAUCACGUACCACUUCUGCGUGACCGGCCUGAGCUACGUCCUCCCGCUGGCGGUCAUCGGCUGCGCCUACGCGGAGGUGGGCAUCACCCUCUGGGCCAGCGGCAUCCCGGGCGACUCCUCCGACCGGUACCAGGAACAGGUCUCCGCCAAGCGCAAGGUGGUCAAGAUGAUGAUCGUGGUGGUGUGCACCUUCGCGGUCUGCUGGCUGCCCUUCAACGUCUACUUCCUCCUGCAGUACAUCCACGUGGAGUGGUACGAACACAGCUACAUCCAGCAGGUCUACCUGGCCGUCCUGUGGCUGGCCAUGAGCUCCACCAUGUACAACCCCAUCAUCUACUGCUGCCUCAAUGACAGGUUCCGCAUGGGCUUCAAGCGGGCCUUCCGGUGGUGCCCCUUCAUCAGCGCCAGCCAGUACGAAGGCCUGGAGAUGAAGUCGGCCCGGUUCCUCCAGACGCAGAGCAGCAUGUACAAGAUCAGCCGCAUGGAGGUCACCGUCUCCUCCGUGGCCGGGAUCCCCGAGGAGGGGCCGGAGGGGCCGGAGGAGGAGGAUGGCGCUGGCGGAGGGACGAGGAAGCGCCUCUCGGCCGACCUGGCCUCCAACGGCUCCUCCCGCAGCGACACCAAGACCGUCUCCGAGAGCCUCAGCUUCCACUCCAACACGCUCUCCUGAGAGGCCGCACUCAGAUGCCAAAGAGGCUGCUCUUCCUUCGUCACGACGUUGCUGCCGGACUCCGUCCUGCUUUUUGGGCAGCUCCGGCAGACUUUGGCCACUCAAACGGCUCCAUCCGAGAGUCCUCCUUUUUGGUUCUUGUCUUGUUUCGGAAGGGUCACGCCUCUAUGUGGCCCUUCUCUUUGUGCGUAUUGGUUGUGAUGUCGUCGUCUGUCUUGGAGCCCCCGGUUUCCCUGACUUCUCUGGGCCAAGACUCACCCAGUUCACCACAGCCAUCCUGGACGGUGCCUCCCGUUAUUAUUAUUUUCUUCUCUCUUUGGGACAAUGGGUUGCGAUGGCCCCAAAACAAGCGCACCGCCUUCAUCCAAAGCCAUUCCCGCGUGGGACUCUCAGGGCGGACGGGGAUGGAGGCCGUGUUGUGACGUGUUGUGGAAUCUGUGUUGUGUUGUGGAAUUUGGGCCACUUAAGCCCAGGAAUAACCCCCGGUUAGGGACAUUCCACCAAAAUAUAGCAGUACCAGAACAUAAGUCCAUAACCAGCAGAAACUCACUGCGCGGUGUGCAGAAAUGCGCUUUGUGUCAGUGGUAGCCUUUGAGGACUAAAGCAGGACGGAGAAAUGGGACACAAUUGUUUGACCAAAUAGGACAUCCUGUGUUGUUUUUUAAACCAAGAUGGUGGAAUUGCAGUGCAUGUGUGUGUGUGUGAAAGAAUGUGUAUGUAACGCAACUGGAACAUAACGCUCAUGAGUAUAAAUGGGGACAAUGAAUGGCUGGCUGGUUUGGCCAUCCAUUCGACUGCCCAGUUACUGUGGGGAUGGAAUGGGAUGUGGGCAGAGUUGGGGCAAAUGCCCAACACAAACCUCUGAAGAUGCAAUUAGAUGCAGGCGAAACGUCAGGAGAGAAUGCUACUGGAACGUGGCCAUACAGCCCGGAAAACUCACAGCAACCCAGUGAUUCUGGCCAUGAAAGCCUUCAACAACACAUUGAUGGGAGACUCAAAAAGGUGCCAUGGAAAAGUGAGUGGGAAAGUGGAGCACCAGUGAAGCAUCGUUCCCACACACAUGUGCAUCCCUUUGUUGGUGGCAGCUUCAAACGUCACCUUGCGUAUGAAUGGGCCACCCCAUCCGACACCACGGUGAGUGGCCCCUUGUCGCUGCCAUCCUUCUGAACCGAACAGGGAAGUCCAGAUCUGGACAUGCCGUCACAUUCAAGAGCCUUAAUGCGAUCCCGUUGGCCCCAGUUGCAGUAAACCUAAGGAAUCGGUAACAUAUCCAUUACAGAUUGAGCACCCAAAAUGCUUCAGACUGGAAUUAGAUUUUGAAUUAUUCUUCCCAGAUUUUGGAAUAUAUGAAAUGUUAUUAUUAUUAUUAUUAUCAUUAAUAUUUAUACUCCGCCUUUCUCCCUGUGGGGACUCAAGGCGGCUAACAAUCCACACUAAGUUUAAAAAGAGUAAUACAAAAGUAGCUGUGUGGUCAGAACAGAAUUAAAACACAGUAAAUGCACUAAAAUGGCCAUUGUAUAUACACACACAUACACCCACACACAUAUAUCCAUAACACACACACAAACACACACAUAUAUAUACACACACAUAUAUUUACAUACACGUGCAUAUAUAUCUACCUCUUGCAGAUGGGACCCAGUAACAAAAUGCUAAAUGCACAUACGUAGUAUUAUUAUUAUUAUUAUUACUACUACUACUACUAUUACGGUAUUAUAUUUGUUUAUAUCCGGCCUUAUCUCUUCUGAAGGAAACUCAGAGACAUAGCCCGAAGGCCAUUUCGUACACAAUGCUUUUGUGUGCAAAAUGAGGUCUGUGUCCAUCAGAAAACAAAGCAAAUCGCACUCUCUCAGCCAUUCAUUUUGGGGAUAUUUGGGGGUGCUUUGGCAUCUUCAGCUAAGGUUGAGUGGGGAUUGAUUUUGUCAUUUGGAAGUUGUACUUGCUGGGAUUUAUAGUUCACCUACAACCAAAGAGCAUGCUCAACUCCAUCAACAAUGGAAUUGACCCAGACUUGGCACGCAGAACUCCCAUGACCAACAGGAAAUACUGGAAGAGUUUGGUGGGCAUUGACCUAGAGUUUGGGAGUUGUAGUUCCCUUACAUCCAUAGAGGACUUGUCAGAGUGGCUCACUAGGCACACACGCAGCAGAUGUCGCUGACGAGGAAACUCUGGAUAAAUAACGACACGGCAGUCUUCAGUUUUCUAUCAAAAGUUUACUUACGAACGGAAAUCUCACAAGAUGAUACACAGCUCUCACGCAGACACACACGGGAAGGGACAGAGAUAGGAAGUAGAGGCUAUUUAUCUCAUCCUCUGCUGUCUGAUGCAAUCCAAGUUUAACCCUUUACACACUUGCCUAGUUAGUAGCACACAGUGUAUGAUGCAAUCUCCAGCACACAUUGCACAACCAUGACUCAAUUACAUUUAAACAACUCUAUAUACAAUCAUUCCCACUUCAAUAGGACUGUGGACUCAAACCAUGAUGGAUCUGGACCAAACUUGGCAGGAAUACUCAAUAUGCCCAAAUUUGAACACUGGUGGAGUUUACGGGAAAUCGACCUUGACAUUUGGGAGUUGUAGUUGGUGGGAUUUAUAGUCCACACACAAUCAAAGAGCUCCUUGAACCCCACCAAUGACAGAACUGGGCAAAUUGGGCUUUUGGUGGGAGGAUUCACCACCUGUUCCCAAAAGGAAGAGAAAGACAGGUGGAGAGAUCUUCAGCCUUCUCUGCCAAAGGAGUUCCUAAGACCAUCGGAAAUAUGUCCCGACCCCCAGGUUAAGAAAUGCUGGGCUAAGGGAUGUCCGACCCGUAUUGACCAAAGGACCAAGCUAUAGCUAAGUGCCAUUGAUUCCUUGGGGAUGGAUCUUCUCCCAUUGGCGUCCUUUGCCUACCUGAAUGUGACUUUUGGUGCCUUUUGCACAACUGCCGAGGGACCUUUCUUUGUGCCGAUUGUGCUUUUGCAUACAUUUCCUGCCACGUGGCCAUAAAGGACGAAUGGGUCGCUCGUGCCGUGAAAUGGGGUGGGACACCCGACCUGUACGCCGUAAUUGUUCUAAAUAUACUCUGUGUGCCGUUCCUGUUUACAAAAUGUUCCAAUUCCGUCAGUUUGAGAUCAUCAUAGAAAUAAUCUGUACCGUCUGAUGGGUUCAGAGCCCGAAUUACGAUUUGUUCUGAGAGGCCUUGAAUAGUUCGUGUCUCGGAAAAUAAAAUGUACGGUGUCUUUUUAAAGAGAGAAAAAAAAGUAUAUCCUGAUAUAAUAAAGUGGACUUGUUUUAA